CCUUGCUUCCCCUUGGACAAGCCGCAUUCAAGAACCUUUGCACGCCUCUCUUUCUCAUUACUUUUGAACUCUCGAACGUCAUCAUGGCCCCACGCGAUACCGUCUACGACCACAACGAUACGCAGAAACGUUAUGACUCGAGCAACAACAACGAUCUCAUCGAAGGUGCUGGUAAAAUCCACUUGGCGGAAGCUCAGCUCUGGGGCAAAGGCAUUAUUGCCGAUGUGAAACGUACCGUUGGCACCCACUGGUUUUCCGAGAUGAUCAACCUGAACCAGAAAACCGUUGCAGUUACUCUUCUCAUGUUCAUCACCGUCAUCGCCCCGACUCUCACCUUUGGUGCGGUUUAUGGAAAGGUCACUGAGAACCGAAUUGGUGCUAUUGAGACUAUUCUAGCUACGGCUUGGGUCGGGUGCACAUACGCUCUUGUUGGUGGUAUGCCGAUGUGUAUUAUCGGUUCCACUGGUCCCGUCUUGGCUUUCUCUACUGUCAUUUAUAACAUGUCUACGAAUCUUGAUGUCCCCUACUACACCUUCAACGCAUGGAUCAGUGUUUGGCUACUGGGGUAUUGCUUGAUUGCCGGCUUCUUUGACAUCACCCGCUAUGUGCGCCUUGCCACGCGCUUUACCGAUGAGAUCUUUGCUCUGCUCAUUGUCAGUAUUUUUGUCAUGGACGCCAUCGGCGAUCCUUUCUCCGAUGUCGGUAUCCUUCGUUUCUUGGCUCCGGGUCAUCCUUCGCACGAAGACAAUGAGGACGAUCCUGAUUACGACUACUUAAAGACUGGCUUUUUGAGUGUGAUUCUUGGUCUCGGAACAACGUCUCUGAUCUUCUUUUUCCGAAGCUUCAAGUUCUCCUCCUUCUUCUGCAAUCAGGGCGUUCGUACCUCCAUCCAUGACUUUGCGGUCACCGCUUCCGUUGUGACUUGGACGCUCGUCAAGGAGCUGCUAUUUGAAAGUGUUGAUACAGAGGGUCUUAAGGUCCCUGAUCAGUUCGAGCCUACCUUUGCUUGCUGCGAUUCCAGUUGCCUUACUUUCUUUCCCGAUGACUGUCUUGGCCAGGCUGCUGCUGCUGGCACUCGUAGUUGGUUCGUGAGUUUCUCCGACUUCAAUGGCAAGGGCUGGGUCCCGAUUGCUGCAGCUGGACCGGCUCUCCUUGCCUUCGUGCUGGUGUACCUCGACAAUGGUAUCACUUGGCAUUUGAUCUAUCACAAGAGUCACAACUUGCAACACGGAGAAGCCUACAACUACGACUUGUGUCUGAGUGGAUUCUUCAACUUUGUGAACGCUAUGCUCGGUUUACCGUGGUUGGUGGCUACCACUGUACCCUGCAUUAUUCACUUGAACUCUUUGGCUGAAAAGGACAAGGACGGCAAAUUUCUAUCCGUCCAGGAAACUCGGUUGACAAUGUUGUUCUCCCAUAUGCUGGUGGGUCUCUCUAUUUUGGCCUUGGACGUGCUGAAGCUGUUGCCUCUGCCGGUCUUGUACGGAGUCUUUUUGUUUAUGGGUUUGUCGUCAUUGCCCAAUAUUCAAUUCUGGAAUCGUUUCUUGCUUUUUUUCAUGCAACCGAGCCAGUACCCCGAGACUGUCUACACUCGCUACAUGAGCAAGGCCCGGAUCCACAAAUACACUUUGAUACAGAUUUUUUUCUUCGCGCUGGUGUUUAUCGUACAAAAUUUCAAGGCCAUUGCUAUUGUUUUUCCUCUAAUGACGCUCCUCUGUAUCCCGGCGCGCCUUUAUUUCUUGCCUCGCUUCUUUGAAGGCUGGGAGCUCAUGUUGCUCGAUGGCGAAGACGAACAGAUCCGCGAGUGGGAAGAAGCGAAGCAGCAAUCCAUGUUGUCCUCUGACGAGUUGCGUGUUGGCACUAAGCACGACAUGAAGGUAGAUGAUGGUGAUGAUGAUGCUUCCUCUGAUGAGCAGGUCUAAACGUUUAGAUCUGAGAGAAUUGUUCGCGAUCUCUUUUUGCGCUACACGCUGGGACACAUCUAAUCACAUCGUUUACGCGCACUUGAAUGAAAAUGUUGUUUCUUGCAAUACGUGUUUUAUA